AUGGUAGUCCUGGUAUCUGUCACCACCGAGACCAUUGCUCCCGCUGUUGAGGCAGUGGCAUUUGAUGCGGCCUCAUCAGGGAUCGAGUACUUCGACUUUGGAUCUUCUCAGCUUACAGCAAACGUGAUCGCAAACUUGACCAAGUACAACCUUACUGGCACUACUGCGUUCAACUUUGGCGAUAAUGAAGCUGCCGUCGAGAAGCGUGCUACGCGUUCAUGCAAGGUUUUCCCCGGUGACCACGUAUGGCCGUCAGACUUGACAUGGUUCUUGCUCGAUCUGCUUUUAGGGGGUGCGUUGGUUGACGGGGUUCCUGCUGCCGCGCCAUGCUACAAGGACUGGCCCCAAUACGACGCAGUCAAGUGCGAUGAGAUCACGGCAGCAUGGACAACUCCUCAAUACCAACUCCCCGAUCUUCGAGGGGGUCAGCUGCGUCCCUCCAAGCAUCGCUCGCACCGGCGCCAACUGUACUCAGGGAGCAACCCUUCGUAUGUUGUCAAGGUUACAAAUGUAGCCCAGAUCCAGCUUGCAGUCAACUUUGCUCGCAAUCUCAACAUUCGCUUGAUCGUCAAGAACAAGGGGCAUGACUUCAACGGAAAGUCCUCCGGUGCUGGCGCGCUUUCAAUCUGGACUCAUGCUCUGCAAAGUGUCCAGUACCUCGGAGCCGAAUAUCAUCAUCGCAUCUCUGGAUACACUGGCUCGGCCUUCAAGAUUGGCUCCGGAACCCAGGCUCUAAAGCUCUACGAGGCAGCUGAUGAGCUCGGGCUACACGUUGUUGGUGGUAUUGCUCGUACCGUUGGUAUCGGUGGCGGGUAUACUGCCGGGGGUGGUCAUUCCCCACUGAUGUCCAAGUAUGGUGUCGCCGCCGACCAAGUCCUCUCAAUGGAGGUUGUUCUACCUAACAGCCGUUUUGUUUCAGUUGAUGAGAAGAACUACCCCGAUCUCUUCUUUGCUCUUCGUGGAGGCGGUGGCAGCACAUGGGGCAUCGUCACUUCGCUGGUCAUCCGAGCCUACCCCAAGACACCCAUCACCACACUCACUUACAGCUUCGCCACCGGCAACAAUGUUUCCACGGAGACCUUCUGGUCUGGUGUGGAUGCCGUGUUUGCCCAAUUCCCUGCUUAUGCCGACGCUGGUAUGUACAGCUACUGGUCUAUCAUGUGCGCUCCAGCAACAACUUGCAGCUUCUCCAUGGCACCUCAAUGGGGAAAUGACAUGGACACAGCUGAGUUGACUGCCGUCUCGGCGCCGCUCUUCUCCAAUCUCUCUGCUUUGCAUAUCCCCGUGACCGAUACAAAGUACACCAAGUUUGAUGGCGUUCUCAACACUGUCAUAAACACUUGGCCUGCAGAAUCCGAAGCUGUCGGCGCGUGGAACUUUCACACUGCCUCCCGCCUUUUCCCGCGCUCCAACUGGGAAGAUGAUAGCAAGCUAGCUGCACAGACCAAUGCAUUGCGUAAAAGCGUUGAGACUGCUGGCAUGAUGCUUGGAUAUAACUUCAAGACCGCUGUUAACCCUUCCGUCAACCAAACCAACGCAGUCAACCCUGCCUUCCGCGAGACUUUAAUGCACGCCAUGCUGGGAGCCGUGUGGGGUCAGGAGGCUACCCCCGAGGAGAUUGCUGCCGCAAAGAAGAACUUAGUGGAGAUGUUGCAGCCAUGGCGAAAAGCCAGUCCCGGCGCCGGAGCAUACCUCAAUGAGGCAGAUAUCAACGAGCCGAACUGGCAGCAGGCCUUUUAUGGUAGCAACUACGACUACUUGUAUUCGCUUAAGCAGAAGUAUGAUCCUUGGGGGCUGUUAUAUGCGACGACGGCUGUAGGUUCCGAGGACUGGCACAUCACGGAUCAGCUUGAGUACUACCCGACUCAGAACGGGCGGCUUUGUCCGAAGUAG